AUGCAGGAGAUGCGUAUACCGUUCAUCGCUAUCUUCAAGGAGUGGGCGACGGUCCCAUCGAAUUCGUACCGGGUGCAAGUCUGCCCUUGGAAGUCAAUGUGGACUGGAUGGGCGGAGGUGAGUUGGCAGAAGAGGGGCCCAUGCGACGGUUCGGUUCGGUUCGGUUCGGCUCGGCUCGGCCCCUUUGCCUUCCAUCACACGCUCUUUGCUCAUGCUGCAGCAAUCGCUUGCCACAGUCGACUACAAGAAGGGCUGCUACGUCGGACAAGAAUUGA